AGCUUCCGUCCCAGUCAGAUCAGGUUUAUCUGCGAGAAUUUGUCAACAAACUCGCACACAGUGAGAUUACAUAGCUUUCAUCAAUGGACACGUUCUGAACACAGCUUCACUGUCUCAUGCAGGAUGGUGGUGACGAACACGCGCUCGUAAAUGUUCCAUCCAAGGAUAGACAGAGUGGUAGCUGCCCCAGCUGUGAUCCUAAAUCUCUGUAUAGAACCCUGACUGAAAGGGACGUCAUGGCUUCUGUCAAUAUCACCCGCGAUAUCCUGCACAGGCAGAUCAGGGACAAGACAGCCCCUGGCUUCCAGAGGCACUACCAUGUGACUGACGCGCUCAUCAAGAGGCUCGGACUGGAAGCGGAACUUAAGGGACACGCUGGCUGCGUGAACUGCCUGGAAUGGAAUGAACGUGGAGACCUGCUGGCCUCCGGCUCUGAUGACCAGCACGCCAUUGUCUGGGAUCCAUUUAAACAAAAAGCACUUACAGUUAUGAAAACUGGUCACGCUGCCAACGUAUUCUCUGUAAAGUUCCUCCCUCACACUGAGGACAGAAUUUUGAUAACCGGUGCGGCCGACACCAAGGUGCACGUGCAUGACCUGUCGGUGAAGGAAACCAUUCAUAUGUUCUCUGAUCAUACCAACAGAGUCAAACGCAUAGCCACAGCGCCCAUGUGGCCCAACACCUUCUGGAGCGCAGCGGAGGAUGGCAUCAUUAGACAAUAUGAUUUACGGGACAGCAGCAAGCGCUCCGAGGUGCUGAUUGACCUGACUGAGUUCUGUGGUCAGCUGGUGGAAGCCAAGUGCUUAGCUGUCAAUCCGCAAGACAACAACUACCUGGCGGUGGGGGCCACUGGCCCUUUUGUUCGCCUCUACGACAUCCGCAUGAUAAACAACUACAGGAAAUCCCUGAGUCAGAGCACCUCGGCAGCCGUGCAAACCUUAUCUGAACCACAGAAGCCCAUCCCAGUUGGCGCCGGACAGUAUUACGUUGCAGGACACCUGCCAGUCAAGCUUCCAGACUACAAUAACCGCUUGAGGGUUCUGGUGGCGACGUAUGUCACCUUCAGUCCGGACGGCACGGAGCUGCUGGUCAACAUGGGAGGAGAGCAGGUGUACCUGUUUGAUCUGACCUUCAAGCAACGACCUUACACUUUUUACCUCCCCAAAAAGUGCCAAACAUCAACAGAAGUACAGAAUGGAAAGACGACAAACGGCGUCUCCAGUCGGAUUCACUUGCCAGCCAGCCACAUUCAGUUGGUGGAAAACAAGCUGAGAUGGAGUUCUGCUGAGCUUCCUCCACAUUUGGAGAAGAUCAAGCUGCGAGCCAACGACGCGUUUGCUCGGCAGCAGUGGACAGAGGCCAUCCAGCUGUACAGCUUGGGAAUCCAUCACUCCAGCAGCAACGCUAUGCUCUAUGGAAACAGGGCUGCAGCCUACAUGAAGCGGAAAUGGGAUGGAGACCACUACGACGCGCUGAGAGACUGCCUGAGGGCCCUGACGCUCAACCCCAGCCAUCUAAAGGCUCAUUUCAGACUGGCCCGUUGUCUGUUUGAGCUGAAUUAUGUGCCUGAGGCCUUGGACUGCCUGGAUGAUUUCAAAGGGAAGUUUCCGGAGCAGGCCAACAGCAGCGCUUGUGACGCCCUGGAUAAGGACAUCAGGGCUUCACUCCUCUCCAAGUCCAAUUCAGAUGAUGAGAGGAGCAGCAGCAGCUCGUUCCGGCAGCAGUCCACGUAUCGAAAGGAGUCUGUCCCGGAGGACGAGCUGAUCCUCAGACAGCUGAGCUACGACUACAAGUACAGAUACUGCGGUCACUGCAACACCACCACUGAUAUCAAGGAGGCCAACUUCUUUGGAAGCAAAGGCCAGUACAUUGUCAGUGGCUCCGACGACGGCUCCUUUUUCAUCUGGGAAAAGGAGACAACAAAUCUGGUGAGGAUCCUGCAGGGGGACGUGUCCAUCGUCAACUGCCUCCAGCCGCACCCCAGCUACUGCUUUCUGGCGUCCAGCGGGAUAGAGACCGUGGUCAGAUUAUGGAACCCACGUCCGGAGAUAGAGAGUGAGUACGGACGUGUGGUGGAGGACAUGGAGGCGGCCGCGCUGGCCAAUCAGAGGCGCAUGAAUGCCGAUCCUCUGGAGGUCAUGCUGCUCAACAUGGGGUAUCGCAUCACGGGACUGGGGGGCAUCGGGCCGGAGGGUUCUGACGAUGAGGAGGGCUCGGAGGGACAGGUUCAGUGUCGGCCCAGCUAAGGACGCUUCCGGAAGGUGCAGCGCGUGAAACCCCAGCUUUCAUUUAAAACUACUUUGAACACAGAGUGGGACUUAUGUCACAUUUUGCACUAUGCAUCAUCCUCCCCUGUUCCCACAGAGGAUCAGGCCGAUGGGGAGAGGAGUUCAUCAGGUUUAAGAAGACAAAGUCUCUGUGCCCUUCAGAGCACCUACACACCUCAGCAGUGGCAGGGAAGCGCCCGCUGAGGAGAGCACCUUUCAGAAGGACCUCAGCCUCCAAAAUCUUCUGUUGGAUUCACUCAACAUGCCAGUGAGAGGUUCAGCGUGCCGACCUAUUUUCAGGUCCGUGUUCAGGUGCUGUUUGAGGAGUCAGUGCCAACGAGUUGCAGAACAAGUCUUUUGUUUAGCAUUUCAUCUUCAUAGGAAGCCAAGUAUCAACUGUAGUUUAUAAAAGCUCCAUUCAAGACUGUUCAGUUCAUUCAUGCUUUGUUGCCAAAGAUGGCACCUUGGAUUCCAUGACCAAUGAUCUUUGUUGUCUUCUGUGUUGCUUCCAACAGACUUGUGUGUGUGAAACUCAAGCAUAGCACAUUUUAUCAAGAUCCAAGUAUUAGACGAAGAUUUUGUUUCAGUUCCGUUACCCUUGCGUUCAACCUCAUGCUUAUUUAAAUGCUGUUUGUGGGGUGAAGUGUGGAAACCAUCAGGUGUGUGGCUCCAGUGUGCAUCCUGCUUGCACAGAUUUCUGUGGUUGACUGAGACACGGUGGUGACCGCUGCUUUGGUUGGCUCUUCACAACAGUCGAAUGUGGGCGGGGCGUGUAGCUGGGGUGAAGCGACUCUCGGCUUCCGUGUGUUUUACUUUGGUCCUUAACUUUUCACUGUUGAAUCAGUUGUCAAAGUAAAAAGAACAACAAA